AUGUCUUUAUCGAACAAGUUAUCUGUGAAGGACCUCGAUGUGUCUGGAAAGCGUGUGUUUAUCCGUGUGGACUUCAAUGUCCCAUUGGAUGGAAAAACCAUCACCAACAAUCAGCGUAUUGUGGCCGCUUUGCCAACUAUCAAAUACGUUUUGGAAAAUAAACCCAAAGCUGUGGUUUUGGCUUCUCACUUGGGUCGUCCUAAUGGUGAGAAGGCUGACAAGUACUCGUUGGCUCCUGUGGCUGACGAAUUGGAGAAACUCUUGGGCCAAAAAGUCACCUUUUUGUCGGACUGUGUUGGUCCCGAGGUUGAAAAAGCUGUCAAUGGCGGGUCCGAUGGCCAGGUGUUCUUGUUAGAGAACUUGAGAUUCCACGCCGAGGAGGAGGGCUCGAGAAAAGUCGACGGCCAGAAGCAAAAAGCCAGCGCUGAAGACGUCAAGAAGUUCAGAAGCCAAUUGACAGCAUUGGCCGAUGUCUACGUUAACGACGCCUUUGGUACCGCCCACAGAGCUCACUCGUCUAUGGUGGGUCUCGACUUGCCCCAAAAAGCCGCUGGUUUCUUGAUGGCCAAGGAAUUGGAGUACUUCGCAAAGGCUUUGGAAAACCCUACUAGACCCUUCUUGGCUAUCUUGGGUGGUGCUAAAGUUUCCGACAAGAUCAAAUUGAUCGACAACCUUUUGGAUAAGGUUGACUUGUUGAUCAUUGGUGGUGGUAUGGCCUUCACCUUCAAAAAGGUGUUGGACAAUAUGUCUAUUGGUACGUCUCUCUUUGAUGAAGAUGGAGCCAAGAACGUGGAAAACCUCGUGGCCAAGGCUAAGAAGAACAACGUUGAAAUCGUGUUGCCUGUUGAUUUCGUUACCGCUGACAAGUUUGACAAGGACGCUGAAACUUCCACAGCUACGCAAGAAGAAGGUAUUCCAGACAAAUGGAUGGGUUUGGAUGCUGGUCCAAAAUCGAAUGCCUUGUUUGCUGAAACUAUUGCCAAGGCCAAGACCAUUGUGUGGAACGGUCCCCCAGGUGUGUUUGAGUUCGACAAGUUUGCUCAAGGUACCAAAUCGAUGUUGGAUGCUGCCGUCAAAUCUGCUGAAGCAGGUAACACCGUCAUCAUUGGAGGUGGAGACACUGCUACCGUUGCCAAGAAGUUUGGUGCCAGUGACAAGUUGUCGCACGUUUCCACCGGAGGUGGAGCUUCGUUGGAAUUGUUGGAAGGUAAAGAAUUGCCCGGUGUAGUUGCCAUUUCCGAUAAACAGUAA